UCUAUAUGGGAUCACAUUAGAUUAUUGUUGUUUUUCCUUUGGCAAUGUAUAUUUAUCAACUACAACUAUAUCCAAUUAGUAAUAUCACAUUGGGGCUUCAAUUAAAAAUGCUCACAAAAAAAUCUAUUUUCAAUUAAAUCAAAGGAAUGGGGAAAAAGAAACCAAUUUUUCCUUUUUGAAAUAUUACCAUAUUAGAGAAACAAUUGAACCAAGUGGAGAUUUUUUGGGAUAAGAUAUGGAUAGCCAUAAAGGAAGCACCCCACCCAUAGCCCAAAGCUUCAACCUUUCUUCUUCACUCUCCAAACUCCCAUCACCCACAUCUCUCAAACAAAAUUUCUCCUAAACCAAACCCCAAAAAUGAUUUGAUCCCUCCCCCAAACAAAAAUCCAAACCAUGAACUCCAUCUCUGCAAUCCAAUCCCACCACCAUAAACAUUCCUUCCACCACCACCACUUCCUUUCUCAAACCCAUUCCCAACUUCCCUUUCCCCUCCAAACCCCCAAUUUCCCCAAUAAUCCAAACCACCCACGACGAAGAACAACACUAAUCCUCUCACUCUCACACAACCCACUUCACCACCCAAUCCCUUCUCAAUCACCACCCAACGACAGUCAAGAUCACGACGAAUUAGAGGGUUUCUGCGAGCCAGCAGCAAGAUCAAUGAUCGAGGUCAGAGCAGCUGCAGCAUCGCUUGGGCUGGCGGCGGCCCUGUAUCUCCUGUUCGUGGAUGAGCACGGCAGCAAGGCGAUGGCUUUGGGCCCGGAAGGCCCACUGAUGGAGGAGUUUUGGGACAAUGUGAGGAGGUAUGCUCUGUAUGCUCUGACUGUCAGCACCGGGGCUCUCUACACUGUAUUCUUGCCCAUCUGGGAGCUGCUGAAGAACCCAAUCUCUGCAAUCUUGGUUCUGGUUAUAUUCGCUGGUGGGUUCUAUAUUUUGACCCAGGUGGUUUCCGCCAUGGCUGGUCUCACCGAUUUUGAUUACUCUUACGCUUACUAGCAGCUUAUAGCUGAUGAGUGGCGGUUGAAGAUGAGACGUGGCCGGCCUUUAUACAGAGGAUUAUAGGUUGCUGUUGUUAUCCUUUCAUCUUCAACGAUUGAUUUGCAAGGGGGGAAUCGGGUCGGGUUUUAAUACAUGGAAUUGGACUUUUUCUCAUGCGUUGUUAUUCCAUUGGGCUGAAUUGAGAGCCCGUUGGGUUCAGC